AUCUAAUAUAUUUCAUGACGCAAUUCUCAAAUUUCCCUAUGUCCUAUUUUAAUCUAGUAAUUUUGCAUCUAAAAUACACAAGCUGGUAAAAAUAUUAUAAUAAAGACAAUGGAUUUUCAUAAUCUAUUGUAGAUUAAUAGAUAAAUUUCUCUCCGAUGAAAUCUGCCUACUGAGAAUUUGAGGUUAGUUUCCAGAAAGCCGAUUGUCAGUAGCAGACGACAAUCGAUUGAUUCAGCAGUUACUGCAAUAGAGUAGUGUAGCACACGUGACUUAAUUGUUUAUAAAUUUUUUUCAUUCUUUGUAUAACAGAAAAAAGAUAUAAAAAAAUUGGUGAGUUUAAUAUUAAAUAACAAUCAUUUUUAUAAAAUUAAUAUCAAGUAUUUAUUUCUGCGCAUAAAUAUAUACAUUUCAUUAUGAAAUAGACCAUUCAAGAAAGAAGUUCUCGACCGAAAGAAAAUAAUUUUACUACUAUACAAUUUCUUACUGCAAUGCGAUCAUGUUAAUGCAUUUACAGUUUUUAAUUCUAAUUCUGAUAAAUUUUUUAAAACUUCGAUACAGUGACUCUUUAAGAUAGUGUAAUAGAAUCUGAAUUUGGAUAUAUUCAAAUACACCCAUAAUAAAGUAUUUAACUUAGUGGAAUGUUUACUGAAGAAGCAAAAUCGAGUGACAUUACAAAUGCAAAACAUUUCUUUUCCACGUCUAUCAUCUCAGGUGCUGCUGCAGGAAUUAUUUGUGACAUAAUAUUUUUCCCAUUGGAUACUCUCAAAACACGUUUACAAAGUCAACAUGGAUUCUUAAAAUCGGGUGGUUACAAACAAUUGUAUCAUGGUAUAGGACCUGUAAUGAUGGGCUCUGCUCCAUCAGCUGCUUUAUUCUUUAUCACUUAUGAGGGAUUAAAAGAAUUCUUACAACCACAAAUAUUACCUCAAUAUCAUGCAUUUAUACAUAUGGGUGCUGCAUCAUUAGGUGAAAUGGUUGCUUGUUUAAUACGAGUACCAGUGGAGGUACUUAAACAAAGAAGACAAGCGCUUUUAGCUGAUGUGGCUCGUUUAAAAUUACGAACAUUAUUUCGUGGAUAUGGCAGCACUGUUCUUCGUGACAUGCCAUUUGGAUGCAUUCAAAUGCCAUUAUGGGAAUACUUUAAAGUUUGUUGGAAACAGCAUGUACACCAUGAAUGUACACCAUUAGAAGGAGCUUAUUGUGGUGCAGCAUCUGUGGCGGUCUCUGCAGCUAUUACAACUCCAUUGGAUGUUGCAAAAACUAGAAUAAUGUUGUCUUCGACUACAGCGGAUAAAAAAGAAGUUAAAAUAUCCACGAUGUUAAAGGAAGUUUAUCGAGAGAAUGGACCUAAAGGAUUAUUCGCAGGCUUUCUUCCAAGGGUGGGUGGCUUUACUAUUAGUGGUUUUGUAUUUUUUGGUAUCUAUGAACAAUCCAGAGAGAUUUGUGCUUCAAUUUUCCCAUAUACAUCAAACCAAAAAAAUAAAACAUAGUAAAAGUAAUAACAAAAAGCAAAAAUAUUUUUUGCUCGCUAUUCGAAGUUACAAAUUUUCACAUUUUCUCAAAUUUUUUCUCACGUCUAUCCGUUAAAAAAUAAUGAGUAAACUUUGCACCUUAUAUAUAACAAUACUUUUGUUUAUAAUAAACAACCGUAUUGAUUUUCUUAAAGGUGAUAAACCAUAAUUAAAUUAUCUGAAAGUCUUCACAGUUUCUGCUUAAAUAUGGCACCAUUAUAGUAGUAAAUAAUUAACUUAUAUAUUUAAAAAUUUUAAAAUAAAAUUUUCUUUCUGAAAUUUAUAGAAACAUAAAAUUUAUAAAAUAUUAUUAAUGGUUAAAUAAGACAACAAAUGAAAUGUACAUUAAUUUGUAAUAUAUAAAUGCAAGUAAUUAUAUCCAUAAUUACUGUUAAGAUGCA